AGAGAGUAGAAAACGCCUCGACGUUACACGCGAGGCGGGGUAGGUAGGAGGAAAAUAUGAAAACGCCUACUUGGACAUCAUCAUCUUGACGAACUCCUCGUAGUUGAUCUGGCCGUCGCCGUCGAUGUCCGCCUCGCGGAGCAUCUCGUCGACCUCCUCGUCCGUGAGCUUCUCGCCGAGGUUGGUCAUGAUGUGGCGCAGCUCGGCGGCGGAGAUGAAGCCGUUGCCGUCCUUGUCGAACACCUUGAACGCCUCGAGGAUCUCCUCCUCGGAGUCCGUGUCCUUCAUCUUGCGCGCCAUCAUCGUGAGGAACUCGGGGAAGUCGAUCGUGCCGUUGCCGUCGGCGUCGACCUCGUUGAUCAUGUCCGCGAGCUCGGCCUCCGUCGGGUUCUGGCCGAGCGAGCGCAUCACCGUGCCGAGCUCCUUCGUCGUGAUCGUGCCAUCGCCGUCCUUGUCGAACAGGGAGAAGGCCUCCUUGAACUCGGCGAUCUGUUCCUCGGUGAGCUGGUCAGCCUGCGCGCGGUCGAGCGUUCGAACGCGGCCUCGCGGUUUCGCGCGCAUGGGAGUGUGAGUAGCGCCGAGGCAGCUUUUGUCGCGUUGGUCUGACGUGUUGCGGCGUCUGGCGGCAGCGCUUGGCUGCGCGCGCGCUCGAAACUCGCGCGCGCGUGCCUGGCCGCGGCGAAGCGGCCAUGAUCCUCAGGCCUCUGCCGCGCGGGCGGCUCAGCCGCUUCGACCGUCAAUGGCUUGGCAGCAUUUGCAACGUCUCGAGCCGUUUAUACGAGCGGUGGCACGUACCAUGAUGAAUUAUGAGCGCUGUUUUACGAGCGGCCGCGGCGAAGUCGUUUUGCACAGGUUUUACUCGACUGAUCCAAAGAACCUUCCAUUCGUACGCGGACGGGUCCGCUGGCACCCCAAAGGUCCGCCCGGCCAUCUUCGGCCACGGCAACAUCGAUGA